ACCCUUCUCCUCCCCGUUCGUCCCCUCCCGGUUUUCGGCUCAUUCACGACCCCAGACGCGGGGAUCUGGGCGCCGUCAAACCGCCCGAACUUUGAUGCGCGGCGAUGGAGGCCACGCCACGCUCGAGGCCGACUCGCCACUUCACCUUGGCGGGUUGAGCGGCAUACACCCAUGGCACGGCCCUACCCCACUCGGCGACACGACACGGCAAGUCGACAGCGUCGCGGACACGUGCCGCAUACUGGGCCUGAAUUUUGGGAUGUGCUCCACCGGGGGUGGAAGCGCGCCGACGACACGCUGCUUUACGAGCAGCUCAAAGCCUGCCGAAUGGAGAUAGGACGUGAUCUCGGAGAGGUCGACUUUUCCUGCCUGUCUCCCUCCCUCCUCGCCGGGUCUCGGCCCUGUCACGC